AUGGACUCCGCCAGCGGCUUCCUCCCUGCGGCCGGCGCGGCGAACGGCUCGGCGGCGGGCGGCGGCGCGCAGCAGCAGCCGAUCCGCGAGCAGGACCGGCUGAUGCCGAUCGCGAACGUGAUCCGCAUCAUGCGGCGCGUGCUGCCGCCGCACGCCAAGAUCUCGGACGACGCCAAGGAGACGAUCCAGGAGUGCGUGUCCGAGUACAUCAGCUUCAUCACGGGGGAGGCCAAUGAGCGGUGCCAGCGGGAGCAGCGCAAGACCAUCACCGCCGAGGACGUGCUCUGGGCCAUGAGCCGCCUAGGCUUCGACGACUACGUCGAGCCGCUCAGCGUCUACCUCCACCGCUACCGCGAGUUCGAGGGCGAGGCGCGGGGCGUCGUCGGCCUCGGCGCCCCGGGCGCCGCGCGCGGCGGCAGCGGCGACCACCACCACCACCACCACCCCAGCAUGCUCAAGUCCCGCGCGCCCGGCGCCAUGGCGCCGCACCACCACGACAUGCAGCUGCACGCCUCCAUGUACGGGGGCGCCGCCGUGCCCCCGCACCACGGCCACGGCUUCGUCAGCAUGCCGCACCAUGGCGGCGGCCACCAGUACCUGCCGUACCCGUACGAGGCCGCGUACGGCGGCGAGCACGCCAUGGCCGCGUACUACGGAUCCGCGGCCGCGUACGGCGCGCCCGGCAACGGCGGGAGCGGCGACGGGAGCGGCAGCAGCGGCGGGAGCGCGUCGCGCACGCCGCAGGGCGGCAGCUUCGAGCACCGGCACCCCUUUGCGUCGUACAAGUAG